GGGGUAAAGGAACAGAGAGGAUGUGAGUCAGGCUGGAGGGGGAUCCCAGCAGGGCCAGCCCACCAGCACCCUGGGAACACAAUUUUGGGGACUGGGAGGAUGUUCCUACAGCCCUGCAGAGGUGGUGGGCAGCCAGGCUAUGCCAGGGCUGCACAGGGCAGUGCAUGCACAGGGGACCAGUGUGGGGCAAGAGAGGGAAGGAGUGAGCCCAGGGCCCCACGUUGGCACUGCCAACACACCGAGAGCUUCUCUUACCUGACACCAAGUGACUUGGGAAGCAGGUUGUGGAAAAAGAGAGAGCAAGCAAGCAUUUACCAGGGGAAAGGCGAGGGACGAGGCCUGUCCCUUCCACACUGCCAGGUGAGGCGUCCUGCCAACCCCCUGCUCAGAUAUGCCAUGCUACCUGAAGAGAUGGGACUCACGUGAGGGUGGGUCCCUUGUCAGCCACACCCUGGUAAAGCCACAGGGCCUUCUCUCGGCACACCCAUGGUGUGGGCUCUGCACUGCCCACCCCACCAUGGCUCCCUCAGCUCAGCCCAGCCUGGGUCUCUGUGAUGGGUGGCAGCAGGUGCUUGCAGAGGAAAGGGCUCUGCAAUCAAACCCCACCUCUGAGCUACACUGGCUUCUCCACCAUGUCUUCCCAGCAAGAGUCCUUGAAGCUGUGGGGGCUGCCCCCAGGAGUGUCAGCUCAAACCCCUGUGGCUGCCUCCAUGUCAGAGUGGGUCUGUGUGAUGGCCCCAGCUAGUUCCUGGGUGAGCCUGGUGCUGUUCCGGGGCCUCGCUGCCCAUCAGCGUCCUCUGCCCAACUCUACCUCUGCAUCCCAGGGGCACAUACUGGGACAGAGACAACCACCUCCACAUCCCAUGGUACAGGCAGAGGCAGAGAGGAAGGGCUCCCAGCACCGCUCCAACCUCGUGGUGGGCUGGACUCUUACAGGGACUCCCAACUCACCGCAGGCCCUUUCCUCUGCAUUCAGUGGCCCCACAGUCCUGCUGAACAGCGAGCUCCCUGCCUGCACCUGCCGCAUCUACCAGCCCUGGGGUUCAUCCUACAGCUUCAUCUGCACCAAGACAGCCACCCAGCAGUGCGUGGGCAGCUUCUCCUCCAGCCUGGACACCAGCUCUCGGGAGUCUGAGCAGCCUGACAACCUCUUGAAGAGCUCUCUUCUGGCUCCUCAGAUGACUUCCAGCCCUGAGAGGGACAGGCUGGCCAGCAGAGCCAGCAUUAUGGUCCAGGACAAACUCACUGCUUCCAAGUGCCAGCCUGUGCUCCAGCAUGGCUACCAGUUGUGCUGCCCCAUCUCCCCCACACCGUGGCUGCUCAAGACCCAGAUCCAGCACAGCUCCCAGAAGGGCUACAGCUUCAAGGGGUUCUACUGCAGGCCCGAGGUCCUAGGGGAGCAGGAGCUCAAGGCACAGGAGGCUGCAGCCCCCGGGGUGUCCGCGCAGCCCCAGCAGCCAGGCGGCUGCCACGGGAGGGCACUGCUCCAUCACUCCUGCCAGCAGCAGCAUGAAUUGUUUCAGGAGCAGUCAGCCCCUGCCAGCGCGCUGCUUUUGCCUACUCAACACUUCUGCCACCCUUUAAGAGAGGCUCUUCCCUAUUUUUCCCUUCUCCAGCUGCCAAAAAUUUCCCGAGCCCCUGGAAGUGCCGAUUAGCAUCUCUGCAUCUCUGUGGGGAGCUCUGCAGAUGCCAGGAAGCCCCUGCCACACUGCAGCUGUUGGAUCAGCCCUGAGACAAGCCUGUGCUGUGCAGCGGCUGAAGGGCAAGACUGAAACACCUCUAAUCCCAGCAACAUUCUGGGCACCUUGCUCUCCUGGGAAUCCUGGGGCUAGCACCACAAGCAGGGGUCCCACGGGAGAGGAAGCUUAGGCUGGAGGGGGUCUCUGCAAGGCCAGAGGAUGCCACUGCUGGUGCUGGCACCCAGCAUGGAGAGGGAAGGAAGUACAGAAAGAGAGAGUCAGUGAGAAGAAAGAGACAACAGAAAGCCUUGAGAAAUAGAAAGAUUUAUUUAGCAAAAGCCAGUUGACUAAUGACAACACCCAAGGGUUAAGUGCACUUACAUUGACAGAUUGGCUUCCCAGAUAGAUUCAACAGUUAGUAAUAUGACAGUUGUAGGAAAAGAAAGGACAAAAAAUAUAGC